AUGCGCUCGUCUACCACGUUUCUCGCCGCAGCCGCAGCUCUCUUGACCUUUGCAGCAGCUACACCUCUGGAGCGACGAUACAAUGAAUGCCGAGCACCUCAACAAUGGCACGUCUGCGGAGACGGAUGGGCAGGCUGCUGCUCCGUGAGCCCUUGCAAGGGCCCAGCAAUCGCCAGUGGCUGCCCGGACGAAGGAGGCUCGAAUCCCCCCACGUCCACGGUUGAAUCGACUGAACCGUCUUCUGCGGCGUGCUCCAGUGCUGGACCCACCCCUGGAAACAAUGACGUUGACAAUAGGUGGUUUGACGGACCUAGCAAGGUCUGUAAGGAGGACGACUCAGAUUGCAACUGGAAGCCUAUGUUCCACACGAUCAAGAACUACGAUGAAGAGUUCGCCAAGAACUCCUCAAGUCAGUUCUAUGCCUGGCAAGACGGAGCAAUCGACAACAGCGUAAAGAGACGCGAUGUCAUUGCGGUCUACAAAGACAUUCCCGACAGCGUAAAGAACUGCAGCAUUCACUGGUAUAAGCCCAUGACUGGUAUCUUCUACGGCACGUACGGCGACGGAUCCUUCAAUAUCAGCUUGAUCGAUACCGGAGACAAGGGUCUCGAGGAAGCAGUCGGCGGAAAGAUCAACUGGAAGAACACGGAGAAGUUCUUCGAGAAGCAGACGCGCACGGGAGCGCUCGACUUGGGCAACUGGGGCUGGAGCAUUGGCGACACCUCGCUCAGCAACAGCGCGAAGCUUGAUUGCUCGGGCAAGAAGGAGCUUGUUGUGCACUUUGCGCUGAGUGCUGGGGCCGAGGGCGCGGUGAUUGUUGAUCAGAUCUCUGAGAAGGGCAAGGUGAAUGGGUUUGUACAGAGAGCUGGCUGGGUGCUCAAGUACGAGUAG